AUGGUCGAAUCUGCUGGACUAUUCGCGGAUUACCUCGCGUCGCUGCCGGCCGCGCAGCUCGACCGCCUAUACUCCUCCCUCUACACGUGCCAAGCCAGGUGCCUCUGCAACCCCACCACUCUCCCCACACCCCAUUCUCACCGCACCACACCCCCUUCUUUUCCCCCUCGCAUGCUGCUCGCUCCCCUCACCAUCCCUCUGUCCCCGCUCCCCCUUCCGCAGCUCUCCCCCUCCUGCCGCACUUCCGCCUCACUUCCCUUCCUUCCGGCCCCCCUCGCUUCCAUGUCACUCCCUCCUCUGGUCCAGCACGGCGUGUUGUGUCAAACUCCCUGCCUCACUCCCUCCCUUCCUCAUCCAUUUCUACCCCAAUGCACUUCCCACAACCCCCAGCACCCCCACACACACCUCCCACCCUUUCUCCCCCUUCCUUCACUUCCUCUUUUCCCCUCCACCUCCGUCCGUUCCCCCUCCCAUCACAGGUCCCGCCCUCCCUUAGCCAAGCAGCACAUGCUGCCACUGCUCUUCCUCACCAACCCUGUGCUGUCCCUGCUCCCACCUGCGACACUCUUUCUCAAACCCCCCCCCCCCCGCUUCCCCACCUCCCAUCGCGCCUUCCCAUGUUGUCCGGCACCACACACCCCCCGCCCCCACAGGUCUCUGUCCCCGCUAGCCAAGAAGUACGUGCUGCCUGACGUGGCCGCCGCCACCGCUCUCGAUGCUGCUGCUAGCAGUAGCAGCUUCUGGGUCUUCACUCCACUCCACAUGCCUGGGCCAUCAAUACUGUGGCAAGCUCAGAAA